AUGUGCGCGGCGUUCGCGCGCGGCGUGACCAUCGCGGGAGCCGCGGCGGCCGCGACGACGCGGCCCGCGUCGUCCCACCGCGCGCGCCUCGCCACCGCCGCCCCCGCGCGUCGUCGCGCGCUCGCGCUCGGCGGCCGACCGACGCUCGUCCCCUCGAGUCGCGCCGUGUCCAUCCACGGCCGCGGCCGCGCCGGUUUAGGGGCUUUACGGGCGUCGGCCGCGGGGAACAGGUCCAACGCAUCCGAGGAGCUCACGGCGUCGGACGAGGACGGCGUCGUCGUCGAGGGCGUCGUGCUCGACGACGCGAAGGACGGGCACAGUCAGCACCACAUCGGUCAUGAUAAUCUCGACGAUGCCGCUCACGUCUCGCACGCGGAGCAUUCGCCGGUGGACGAGGAGGAGGAGAAGGCGUUCCGUCAGCAGGUGGCCACCGCGUUCGACGCCGUCGCGCGGGACGCCAACUUCCAGGAGGACCUGCGCAGGAGGAGCGCCGAGUCGAGUGAAUCACCAGGCGGUGAGUCACCGGGGGGCGGGGAUGCGGAAUCGGUCACGCAACCGACCCCGACCCGGGCCGAGCUGUGGCGGCGCGCGAUCAAGCUCCCGAUGUACUCCGUCGCGCUCGCGCCCCUCCUCGUCGCGGGCGCCCUGUGCCACCACUGGUACGGCUGCGUCAACGUCCCCCAGUGGGGCGCUUUGGCCGGCGGCGCGUGUCUCGUCAUCGCGUGGCUCAACCUCUCCAACGACGCCUGGGACGCGGCGACGGGCGUGGACGACUCCAAACCCGAGAGCGUCGUCCGCUUACUCGGCGGCGACGAGAGCGAGGACGCGAGGAAGGCGGCGGUGAACAAGGUGCACGCCAUCGCGUUGGGGUGUCUCGCGCUCGGCGCGGGCGGGCUGUGCUACGCCGCGACGCAGCUGGCGACCAACGCCGCCGCCGACGUCGUGUACACCGUCCUCGCGAUGCUCGGCGCCGCGGUCGCCGCGGGGCACGCGUACCAGGGCCCGCCGUUCAGGCUCAGCUACAAGGGUAUGGGCGAGCCCCUGUGUUUCGCCGCGUUUGGCCCGUUGGCGACUGGGGCGUUUUACCUGGCGCUCGCGGGUGGCGUGCCCGGGGGUAGCGUGUGGAUGGGCGUGCCGGCGACUCCGACGUUGCUUCAGCCCGGGGUGCUCGGCGCGGCGGUGUUGGUGGGUCUCACGACCACGUGCAUCCUGUUCACCUCGCACUUCCACCAGGAGGAGGGCGAUCGAGCCGCCGGGAAGAAGUCCCCCGUCGUCAGGCUGGGGUUGCGUAAGGCGAUCGACGUCCUGCGCGGCGGCGUCCUCUUCCACCACUUCCUCGCGUCGUUCCUCGCGUUCAACGGAUGGCUGCCCAUCAUGGGCGCGGUGGGCGUCUUCAUCGCCAUGCCGCUGUCCAUCGGCGUGAGCUCGUUCGCCGCUCGACACGCGGACGCGCCGGCGGAGCUCUUUCGGACCAAGUACGGGGCUGUGCGGUGGCACGUGGCGCACGCGGUAUUCUUGGCGUUGGGGUGCUGGCUGGACCCGUGGAUGGUUUGGAACUGGCACAGGAUCCCGGGGUUGGCGAUGGGCGCGCCGUACGUGUGAUGA